AUGGCCAGAUGGAGUGUGUGGCGCAGAACUGUGAAGCUGCCCCUGUCCUGCAGAGAAGGUCAGGCAACAUUAGGCCUGCGCUGCAGCAGCAGUGUACCAGUGAUCAAAAAGGUGUUCCCAGGGAGCGGCAGCGUCGUCAGGCCUUUCUGCGAGAUUCCUGGGCGGUGGAAGAAUGGAGUGGCCAACUUGUACAAUUUCUGGAAACAAGAUGGCUUCAGAAACCUUCACCGCAUUAUGGUGCAAAACUUCAACAAGUUUGGACCCAUCUACAGAGAAAAAAUAGGUAAUUAUGAAAGUGUAAAUAUCAUCAAUCCUGAGGAUGCUGCCAUCCUCUUCAAAGCUGAGGGCCAUUAUCCAAAAAGGCUGAAUGUUGAAGCGUGGACAGCGUACAGGGACUACAGGAAUCGCAAAUAUGGAGUUUUACUCAAGAAUGGAGAUGACUGGAGAUCAAACCGAGUGGUUCUCAACAAGGAGGUUAUCUCCCCCAAAAUAAUGGAAAACUUUGUUCCUUUGCUGGAUGAAGUGGGACAGGAUUUUGUGGCCAGAGUUCACAGGAAGAUAAAGCAAAGUGGCCAAAACAAAUGGACAACCGACAUCUCUCAAGAGCUCUUUAAAUUUGCACUAGAAUCGGUGAGCUCGGUGCUGUACGGCGAGCGUCUGGGUUUGAUGCAGGACUACAUCGACCCUGAAGCUCAACAUUUCAUUAACUGCAUCACGCUCAUGUUCAAGACGACCUCACCCAUGCUAUACAUCCCCCCCGGUCUGCUGAGACUGGUUGGAGCCAAGGUGUGGCGGGACCACGUGGCGGCUUGGGAUGGGAUCUUCAACCAAGCGGACCGAUGCAUUCAAAACAUCUACAGGCAGUCGCGACAGGAGACUGGAAAUCAGCAGAAAUACCCAGGGGUCCUAGCCAGACUUCUAAUGCAGGACAAGCUCUCCAUUGAGGACAUCAAGGCCAGCGUCACUGAGCUGAUGGCCGGAGGAGUAGAUACGACUUCUAUAACUCUGCUGUGGACGUUGUACGAACUGGCCAGGCACCCCAGCCUCCAGGAGGAGCUGAGGGCGGAGGUGGCAGCAGCUCAGGCUGAAAGCCAGGGAGACUUGAAUGAAAUGCUGAAGCGGAUCCCCCUGGUUAAAGGAGCUCUGAAGGAAACACUGAGGAUACACCCAGUCGCAGUGAGCUUGCAAAGAUACAUCGCAGAAGAUGUCAUCAUUCAAAACUAUCACAUUCCAGCCGGGACUUUAGUUCAGUUGGGACUUUAUGCAAUGGGAAGAGACCCCAAGGUGUUUCCUCGUCCGGAGCAGUAUAAGCCGUCCCGCUGGCUGAGGACGGAGAUGCACUACUUCAGAAACCUCAGCUUCGGCUUUGGCCCCCGUCAAUGUUUGGGACGCAGAAUAGCAGAGACAGAGAUGCAACUCUUCCUCAUCCAUAUGCUGGAGAACUUCAGGGUGGAGAAACAACGGCACGUGGACGUGCAGAGCACCUUCGAGCUAAUCAUCUUACCAGAGAAGCCUAUUAUUUUGACUCUGAAACCACUGCAAACGAGUCGGUAA